AUGCCAUCGGCGAAACAAACCGCUCCCAUGGACGUCAACGCUCGACCGCCGAUGUCGUGGUGCGUCGACUGCGCCAACAACGGUCUAGAGUUUUGCGACAGACAGAUCAACACCCCGUGCACACAGUGUACGCAACACAACAACAAACCGGAAACCGUCAAUCCACGCGUAUGCACUCAGGCGCAUCCUCGGGCCUGGCCACAUCCAACCAAGUGGCAGGCCAGACAGAUGGAGAGGCGCAUGAUGAGGAAUCUCGACGGUACUGGGCGUGUUAUCGGCAAUGUUGGCAAGGUCAUCGUCGAUACCAGACCACCUCCUGCUCCCCAACCGCAGCAGCCACUCAGGAUACAGCAGCCGCUCAGAGCGCAGCAAACCGGCAAUCGUCGACCCGCAUUGACGCGCCCACUGCCAUCGGCUCAUAGACCAUUGCCAGGCAGCCCAUACCUACCACCUGCUACCGCACCUGGCUAUGCAGGAGCACCGCGAUAUGGCUACGGACAUGCACCCCCGCCACCGCCGGCCCAGCAGCAGCAUCGCUAUGGCUACGGCCCGCCACCACAUCUCCAUCCGGACUGGGCUCAUUUCCAACCGGACUGGGCUCGUCAGCAGUACGGACAUGUUCAGCAGCCUGCGGCCACUCCACAAUAUCCGCCAUCACCACCACCACUACUUCCAGCAUCGCCACCUCCAACGGCAGCUGAGAUGCUAAUCAGACAGCAAGUUGAAAUCGCAAAGCUGAAGGAAGAAGCCGCUGAGUGGAAGCGGCAAGCCAAUGCACGCAACGCCCCGAAGGAGGUGAAGCAGUGUGACGCCGAUAGACUGCCUGUCGAGAGUGUCAAGGUCAAGCGAGAGCGGGAACCAGAAGAUGACAGCACGUUCGAACCGGCCAGCAAAGACCGGCGUCCAAAUGGCGUGGAAAACCGUGCGGCCAGUCCGAAGAUCAAGGUGGAGCCCGGGGUUGAGGAGCAAACUGACAGCAGGGCCCAUGAUGAUCGUCGCUGA